AUGGCAGAGGAGUGUUUUGAAGACCUCGAUCCAUUCAACUGUCCCAUCUGUCUGGAGGCACUCCAGAAUCCAGUGACGAUUCCCUGCGGACACAACUACUGCAUGAGCUGUGUUAAAGACUACUGGGAUAGAAAUGGCAGCAAAGACACGGGCUACAGUUGCCCUCAGUGCAGGAAGACCUUCUCGCCUCGACCUGUCCUCAACAAAAACACCAUGUUUGCAGAAGUGGUGGAGCGGUUUAAAAACACAGGCCUUCAGGAUCCUCCACCUGCACGUUAUGAUGGACCUAGACGCACGGAGAGAGAAAUCCUCACAGCAAAAAACUCCAAAAACGUCAAGAUGUGUCCAGAAAGUGAGGAUUUGUGCUGCAGGGCCCAGCUGAGAUACCAUAACAGUGACUACCCCAGAGAAAAGCACACAGUUAUUGUUGUAAACGGGGAACCUAAUGGAAAUAUUUGUUUGCAGCACAACAGGCUACCGGAGUUUUCUUGUCAGACAGACCAACGGUUCAUCUGCCCACUGUGUCUUAAUGAAGCCCACCAAGGACAUGAAGCCUUUUCAUUGGCACCUCAGAAGACAAAAACACUAGAGUGCAGUACGACUCUAGAGAAACGAGAGCACAGGAGUAAAGACAAAACAACUGGACAUGGUAUGGGACAAUGUAAAAGGAGAACUCAUGGCUCUAGGCAUAGACAUGGACACAGGAGCGGACAGACCCGGGGCUCACGUGCUAAAAUAGGGCAUCAAACUCACCGGCAUAAAAGCAGUAAACACAGAGAUAAUUUGCAUGGGCACAGUCAUGGUGCUGGACACCAGAAGAGACGACUGGGAAUCAUGGUCAUGACAGGACCUGGUACUAGAAGAACCUCUGCGGAUCAUUUUAAAGCGGUUUGAACCUUGAUUUUGAGCACAAUGUUACAAGUGCCAUUUUGUUUUCUAGAGGAAUGUUGCUGCUAGAUUCAGACAUGGACUG